AUGAACGAGUCAAAGCAUGGCCAAGAACAAGUAUCACCUUCCUUGGAAGAAGAAGUUUUUCGCACGGAUGAUUUCUUUGAAAUUACGAUUGAGCGAGGAGAGCAUUUGAUGGCUGCUGAUCUCAAUGGGUUUUCUGAUCCUUAUGUAAAGGUCAUCCUUAAUGAUCAUUAUACUCGGAAAACUCAGGUCAGAAAGAAAACAUUGAAUCCCUUAUGGAAUGAAGUCGUGAGGUUCUACCGAUUGGAUGGUACUCAUGUCUUGCAUUUGAAAUUGGAAGUAUACGAUUGGGACCGAUUCACAAGUGAUGAUUUCAUAGGACGAUGCGAAUUAACCCUUUCAGCCAAUGAAGAUAUUCUUCCCGAUCAAGAGUACAGCCUUAGUUUACCUCUUCGGGAUACCAAGAGUGGAACGAUUUAUAUCAAGUACAAAUGGAUUCGAGAUAAAUCCAAUGAAGAAGUGAUUUAUUCGCAACUUCCAUCCAUUCCUGGUCUCAAAUAUGACAUGAAAUUUGGAGCUACCUUUAUUCCUUGUGUGCCUGAGGAAUAUUUUGCCAUCACCACCAAUAAGGACACGACUGACAUGAUCUUUAUGGAGGUCUUUCAUGGCAAUAUUGCAAAGGAUGAGCUUACUGUCAUGUAUCACAAGAUGGACUCGUCCUUUGAAAAAGUGGCAGAUUCGUUUAUCGCCAAUUAUUUGAAACAUUAUCAACUGGACUCUGAAAAGAAAGGAAGCUUUAAGAUGUUAGUCAAACCCACCGAUUACACAUCCACCUAUGAUGGAGAAGGAAAGUUCAAGAAGAUCAUUCAGACAGCAUUCCAUACCACCUCAAAAGGAAAACCUGUAAAUGUUAUUUUCUUGACCUGUAAUUAUGAGGAUAAGGUAAUGUUGAACUUCAUUUGCAAGACCAGAGAAGAAGCCAUCUAUUACACUCACUAUGCGUUGCUUCAAGGCAUUGCCACUCAUAGUGUUAUUUCCAGUGUGCCAAUAAACCACCAUUAA